AUGCCCGUCCUGAACCCGUUCCUACGCGCGCUCUUCCAGAGUAGUGUGCUAGGACAUGCUUUACCCGCCCAGAAUUAUGUCCUCCUGGUGCCCACCACCGAAUCCCUCCUGUACGGACAAGACCGCGAGACUGGCAAACGCUACGCCGACCAGUGUGAAGAUGAGGACUUCUUGGGGAGCCAUAUCCUCCGUAUCAUUCCCAAUUCCAUCGCGGUAAAAGACGGGAGUGUUCGGGAGAGCAGAGGGAAGGCAAAGACUUACUCGACCGUCAAUAGCAGGACCGUGAUCCUAAAAGAGAAUGUCAUCUACAGUAACAAAGGAUUUAAGCAGCUCACUCAGGCUUCGCUGCUUACCGACCUGCUGUACUACUCCCCCGGUCCGGAAACUCAGCAAUGGCUUGUCUACUAUAUUACCAAACCGUUGACUGGCAUGUUCGAAGCCUUGCCUAUCAAACCGGCCCUCAUAGGGGAAAGCCAGAACUCGUCGACAACAAUGACCCGUACUGCCUCGAUAGCCAGUUCUUCAGAGCCUCCAACUCCGAAGAAGAAAGAUAUCAAGUCGUUUAAUGAGCUCUUGAAUAGCUUUCCGAUGAUCGCCCGGCAAAUGCAGCCCGGCCUAGAGAGGCUCUUCAACGAAUUUGGGAAGGAGUUGGGUAGACCAUUACCGCCGCCCCCUUCGCGAAGUCCGACUCUAGGAUCGUUGGACGGAACAACUCAAGCCUCAGAAACCGCCUCCAUCAAGUCAAACGGGUCAGUAAAAUUGCCGUUCAAUUCAGCGGCGUAUUUCGAAGAUGAAGAGGACCUCAUGCGAAGAGCGCUCGAAACCGCAGUGACUGCAGCUAUUGAUCUAUUCCAAGGCGUGGACAAGCAACAACUAUCUUACUUGGGGGCAACGACCGAUUUGACAGGGCCUGACGUUGAGAAAUUGAUCGAACGUUAUGUUGCUGAAACAGUCCAUGACUCGCUACUAUUUCCUCGUCUCUGUUCAUUCCACAGAACACCGGACCAAGAGCUUGAUAAAAGAAUCCGCCAAAUGGACUGCCUAGAUGUAUCUCAGGUUGGAAUUGCCAUUGAAGAUGGAAGAAAGGGCAAGAAGGACUUAAUUUCCAGAAUCAAUCGAGGGGUGACAGUUUUUCGAAAAAUGGGAGUAGCUGGAAGUCCACAAGAAAUGUUGGAUGUCUUGCUCGAAACUCAAAAGGUCGUUUCAGAACCACAAGACGUUGGCGAUGAGGAAAAGCGGGCAGUCGCAGCAUUGACUAUCAAUGCCGACAUCCUUGUAUCUCUCUUGCUCUUGGUUGUCAUUCGGUCCUCAGUAAGACACCUUCAGGCCAGGUUAUCCUACAUGCAGAGGUUCAUCUACAUCGACGAUGUCGAAAGCGGCGAGAUCGGCUAUUCACUGAGCACUCUUGAAGCAGUUCUGACAUACCUGGCACGCGAUGCUGGAGGUUUACGCAGAGCAUCCAAGCAGAACAAUCUUCUCUGGAAAGCCGUCAAAGCAGGAUCGGUGGAUGAAAUCAAAGCUAUUUUCGAAGAAUCUGCAAUCAUCGCUGAUGAGCUUGUUGAAGAGCCUUGUGAAGUUCCUCUUUCUCGGAUCGCCACCUCGUCAACACAUACAUCUGAACAUGCAGACAGACCCUCUCUAUCACGCAACCCGUCCCAUGAAGGUGGGCUCUCUCACGUCUUUCCCUUCCAAACGGCUCAGAAGAAGACAUCCAUUCCAAAGCAGAAAAAGAGAGUUCAGCUGGCUGCUAGAAGCAUGUCAAUAUCUUCGGCAUUCUCGCUAUUGUCAAGAGCUACGACGAUUGACACGACAAUAAGUGGCAUUGAGGGCGAUACCUCUGUCUCCAGUCUAGCACAGACACAAGAUUCAAUUGGUAACUCAGUGCUUAUGAUGGCAGUGGAAAAUCAGCAGCCACAGUCACUCAGAUACCUCCUUUGCUUGUCUGAGCAUUACGGCCCUGAGCAAGUCUUGGCAGAUUGCACGCAGGAAGGAGCAACGCUCCUAAGUGCUGCAGUUCAGCUUGCCAAUGUUGAACUCAUUGAUAUCAUAUUAGAAUACGCAGAACAAAACACAGGGGAAGAGAAAUUCCGAGAAUACAUCGCAGUCAAAGAUUCUCGAGGCCGCAGCACUGGCCAUUACCUGUUCAAUACUCCUCAACUGAUAAAGAGACUUGCGAGCAUCAUCCCUUGGCGUCAAAGGGACAAGAUUGGGCACACGCCUUUGUUCGCUAUAUGUCGUACCUAUGACCACCCAGAGUACAGUACGAUGGUAUCUGAAGCUUUGAUUGCUGCAAAAGAUUCUCAAGGCGAUGACCUACCCCUUCGUGUUGAGGACCAUGUGGACAAUAAGGGCAACUCCUUACUUCACAUUGUAAACGAUGCCUCAAUCAUGCAGCACAUUCUUCAAACUUGUGAUGUUGAUCCAAAUUCAAUGAACGACAGGAAGUUCACACCCCUGAUGCUCGCUUCGAAAUACGGUCGCGUGGAUAUGGUCCGCAUCUUCCUUGGUGAUCCGAGAAUAGACACGUAUCUUCGAGAGUCCCGAGGUUUGACUGCCGUGGAGUUGGCAAAGGACGAUGAAGUACGCAAUAGAGUUGACGACUUGACUCUGUUCUCGCCCUCAAAUAGCCCGGAUAUGACUGGAAGGAUUACGGCCAUUGUGAGAUCGUUCUUCGUCGAAGAUGGCUCGGCCAGAUUUAUCCUCAAAUCAGGUGCACCAAAUCCUUCAGUGUCAAACACAACGUACACUAUCACCACGAGCCGACGUGCAUUACAAGAUUUCGAGAACCUCGCCAAAUGGCUUUCGAUGGAUCACCCAGUAUCGUACAUGCCAACAAUGGUGGCCAACAACUUUCGAAGCCCAUUCCAGCUACAUUCUCGUCCUUCUAGGUCUGUACUAUAUGACGCACAAACCCACCUAGACCGAUUCUUGAGGAUCUUGAUGAAACAUCCUACCUUCUCUACACAUGAGAUGUUGUGGGAGUUCUUCUUGGUUCCAGAUAUGCUCCAAGAACAAAUGGCAGAGCGGGCCAAAUUGAAGGCCGAGCUGCUUCAAGAGAAGAUUGCGGACGAUUAUGACCCGUUGACAACAAAAUCUGACAUGAACGCUGUGGAUUCGCUGAUAUCUCACUCUCGAGACAUUGUUAGAAAGGUGAACAAUUACACGAGAGCGAUCAUUAGAAAGGGACACAUCUACACGCAAGCUCAUGCCGAUUUUUCAGAGUCUCUCAGCCUGUGUGCAGUGUCGUUUGCCACUCUAGGAUCACCAUCGAACACCUUGUCAAAACUGCACGUUGACACGUUUAUUCGAUUUGCGAGCUUGAUGCAUUCAGAGAUAGCAUCUUCGCCAUUAGCAGUCUUCAUCAUGAGUUUAACCUCGUUCCACUCGACAAUAGCAGCAGUCCAAACGGCACUCCUACGUCCAAAUACCUUGAUUUCGCAAAUAUUAUCCGGCCAAAAAGCAUUGGAUAAGCUCAAGUCGAAUCUGUACAGCAACUCGCUACCCAAGAAAGGCAUUAUGAACAUUAAUUUUCCUGGUUCUGAAGAAAGCCGGGCUAAAUCCAUGAAAGAGACCGAGAAAAAGAUCCUGCAAGGACAAGCAGACAUUGAGCGCUUGGGCAAGGAACUAAGGUAUACACAAGAAGUUGUGGUUGGAGAGCUAGCCGGCUGGACAUCAUGGCGGGAGCAAUGGGAAAACGAAGAAAUCAAGCGUUUGGCCAGAAAUAUUGUGGUCAAAGAAAGGGAACGACUGAAGUGCAUGCAAAGAGCAUUGCGGGUGCUACGAGAUGGCUAG